AUGACGUCCAUGACGAGAAUCAGCAGCAGCGUGAUAAGCGGCAACAAGAGCCAUGAGAAUGACUUUAGCCUGUUCAACGGUGAGACACCUGCGCAACUACGGCAGCUGGGGCCGCUGAUCCACACAACCGUGUCGGCCUUUGCGUCAGCGCUGGAGUACUGGUCCCCAUUCGCGCCGGAGUGGCUGCUGCUGCUGGCUCCAUUUAUGGUAGGCCUCGUGCAAGUGGUGUGGCCAACGGUGUCGGCCGGGGUGUCGGUAUGGCGCAGUGGCGUUGGAAGGCGCUAUGCAUUCCGCGUUCUAGUGCAUGAAGCACCUCUGAAUCUGUAUGAUGACGUGAACAACUUGAAUGAGCUGAUGGUCAAUGCGGUUCUAAUGUACGUCUGCGGAACGCUGUGGCGCCAGAAUCCUGUGCCAGAGUCGCAGCUGCGCGGCUUGCAGAUGCGCACAAUGCUCAUGGACCCGUAUCGCUGCUACAAGUCCAACGACUAUGACUCACCCUUCCGAUGUGCCUACGUGGAAAGCGACGCGGACGAAGGGCAGAAGCUGAAGGAAGAGACAGUAGCGCGGUUGCGAGUGGCAAAGGUGCCACUGGAUGCGUACCUGCCCGUGCAGGUGGACGGAAUCGAGCUCUGCUAUGCGGAGGAGUCUUUUCACAGAAAAGGCUCCCGAGAUCCAUGGACACGGCACAAGCUGACGUUGCGGUGUGCGAACUCGAGGGAUGCCGGCGCUAAGCUGGACGCAUUCGUGCAGCGAGCGCUAGAGGUGUUCGCGGAGGGCGCGCCGGGCAAAGAGGAGGACGACGGGGCACGGUGGUUCUUCGCGUACGGCGGCGAGUCAGACGACAAGGUGUAUUUCAACCAGUACGUGCUGCGCAGCAACAAAGGCUUCGACACGCUCUUCUUCCCGCAGCGCGACGCGACGCUGACGCUGGUCGACCAGUUCGCGCAGCGGCGCGGGCGGUUUGCCGUGGAGGGGUUCCCGCAGAGACUGGGCUUCCUUGUGUACGGGCCGCCGGGGACGGGGCGGCACGCGUUCGUGAAGGCGCUCGCGGCGUACACGGGGCGGCACGUUGUGUCGGUGCCACUGUCGAAGCUGCGGACGAACCAGCAGCUGUACGACAUCUUCUUUGUGCGCGAGUUCCAGUCGGAGGAGGGGGGCAGCGUGCAGAAGCUGCGCAUGGAGGACGUGAUCUUCCUGUUCGACGACGUGGACGCGGCGAACCCCGUUGUGUGCGCGCGUGCUGGGAGCCGCGUGGUGCAGCGCCGUGCUGCUGCUCGACUGACUGCGCGUGCGGGGUUGCGCGAUGCGCCGCUGACGACGUGCGUGAUCGAGAUGGACACGUCGUCGUCGCGGCCGGUGGUGCGCGCGGAGGACAGCGCGCUGCCGCUUGCGCUGCUGAUGGAAAUUAUGGGUGGCGGCGCAUCGAAGGAUGGUGGCGGCGGUAGCAAGAGCGAGGGCGGGUCGCGGCGGAGGACGGAGAAGCGGGCUGCGGUGACGGCGGGUGACGCCGGUGCGGGGGUGGUUGGCAGGAACUUGUUCGAGAUAAAUGGCAUGCUCUUUGGGGAGAACAAGGACAGGCUGGACCUUGCGGGGCUGCUGAACGUGCUGGACGGCGUGUUGGACGCGCCUGGGCGGAUGGUGGUGAUGAUCACGGAGCACCCGGAGUGGCUGGACCCUGCGCUGGUCCGGCCGGGGCGCUUCAGUGUGCGCCUGCGGUUGGACUACAUGGAGAUGGAGGCGCUUGUGCAGAUGCUGGGGCUGUACUACGGCGACGUGGAGCACUCGCCGCGCGGCAUCCGUGCUGGUGCCGGUGCCGUGGAGGCGGACGCGGGUAGCGGUGUGGGGGCGGCUCGCGCGGCGCAGUGCCCUGCGGUGGGUGCUGCCGGGCGUGCGGUGCACCGCGAGCUGAGCGAGGCGCAGGUGGCGCGCGUACGCGGCGCUGUUGCUGCGCUAGAGGAGGAGGCGGAGGCUGCUGCUGCGCGCGAGGUGGGCACGGAUGGCAGCGGCGAGCGCAAGUACUGCUUCCAGGUGACACCGUGCGAGGUGGAGAUGCUGUGCAUGGGGCAGGACGACCUAGAGGGCUUCCUGACGCAGCUGGCCCGUGUGGUGCGUGGGACGGAGCAGCUGUGA